GUAAGUAGUAUCGUCAAAGAGCGUCUACAUAUUCUGUUUUGAAGAGCGACUUGUAUGGCUUCACUACAACUCCCAUAAUGCACCUGUGAUGCCCACUUCGACACAAGCGGCGAGCCAUUCAGCAGCAGGUAAACAAACCUAUCUCACUGGGACGACGAGCCAAACAAAGCAUAUGCGCUCUUUUACCGUCUUGCAUUUUUAAUGGCGAGGAGGAUGACAGUCGAAAAAGAGACACGUCUGCUGUCAACAAUUCAGUAAAAAAAAAAUCGCUGUAUUCUAAUUCAGCAGAGAGGCGAGUCGACGUCGAAUAGAAGGACGCGUUUGACCUGAAACGACUGUCGGUAUCUGCGCAUGAUGCAUUGCAGCACUUUUGAGAAAAUGGGUGUUUUUAGCCUCAUUCUCAGAAUAGAGUAUCUGAUCCGAGAUGUUGGUUGGGUUCUUUAGCUACCGUGUCAUUUGAUUGUGCUGGAUUCAAAACAACAUCCCCUUCUGGCGACCUGCAACAUGGGGCCCAUCAUGCAGGAGCGCACAGCAUCCACGACACUGAAACGCGUCGUAUCCAAAGAGAAGAUUCGGGUAAAAUAUACUGAAAACAGCGGGCCAGUACCCAGUUUGAAGAAAGGUAACAAGAUGAAGAAAGCAGUGGGACAGAUGAAAAAUGGCCUUCCAGGACCAGGUCAGGAUAAGGACACAGUGACAGCAGUGCAGAAGGGUGCCCUGGCUAAAGGUGGCAGGAUCAAAUCUGGCACGACACGCAAUACUAGCAAGCUCUCCAGCCCUGAAGAAGAAGAAGAUUUAAAACCUCAACUCCGCAAACAUUUAUCUGUGCACAGGAAAGACGAGCAACAGAAAAAUCAACGGCUGUCACCAUGCAGCAACGAGCAACAUCAGAUUCGUGGGGGGAUGGGGAAAAACCGACGAGCCCUCUCCCUGCCCCUCUCCCCAAUAUCGGGGCUACGACACAUGCCAGCACACCCCCUGACACACUCCCCAGCCCCCACCCCAGAGGCACUACAGCGGCACUACAACCAGAAAGAAGAAGAUACUGACAGUGCCAGCGAUCUGUCAGACUCUGAGAGGCUGCCUGUUCUGCCCUCUCCAUGUACCCCCUGCACUCCUCCUCACCUCAACCUCCGGGCCGAGGUCAUCAAUACUAAUGACUUUCCACCUGACUUCCCAGGUCCUCAUGGGGCUGUGUGUGAUCAAGAUGAGAGUGAAAAACCUUGCUACAGUUACCCAGAUUUUCUGCCACCUCCCUUCAACAGCUGGAGCCUGAGACAGCUGGCAGUGUUUCUUAAUACGGAGGGCCGUGGUGCCCCCCGGCCCAAGCCUGUAGGGCCCUUAGAGAAGUACCUGGAAAGGCUGCUGCAGCUGGAGUGGCUCCAGAUACAAACAGUGCAAGCAGAGAGCAGCCGUCCACCUGGGAGCCGUACAAGGCCACAGGGUUUCCCCUCUGCCACCACUGCUCAUCCCCCCAGGCCUCACACAGCUCCAUCAUCCCGACUCAACUCCCCUAAAGGGCUGCGGCACAGCCAACGAGCCUUCCCAUUCACACCUGUCAACAACCCUCCAUCACCUGCCUCGUCACAGCAACCGCACUCCCGCUUCCCGGUUUGCCCUCACUGCCACAUUCGCUACCCCUUGUGCAAUGGAAGCUGCUCUGCUUAUGCCUACCAGCGUCACUCGAGGCUCAGCCCACUGUUGGAACGCCGAGCCAGGCCUGGGGCACCAGUGAAGAGGAGCAGCAGCGAGACUCGAGCAACCUCAACAGAAGGAAGGAGCCCAGGAGGACAAGGCGGAGGAGCAGGACAAGGCGGAGGAGGAGGAGGAGGAGGAGCCCAGACCCCAGUUAGCCCCUCAGCUGGAAGGAGUCAUCUCAGGCACAUGCAGGCUGCAGGCAAUGCCCGUAAGCAAGCCCCGGAAUCUGGAACCAACCCAAACGGCAGAGGUCAGGUGAGAAAAAGCCGCGUCAGAGCCAACUCCGAGACAGAUGUUAAAAAGGACCCUUGUGGCAAUAAAGCAGCUGGUGCAGAGAAACGGGUUUUUGCUGCAAGUAAAAGAGAGGUCAUCACCUCCAAGAGAGCAGAAAAGGACUGGCAGAGGACAGAGGCGGGAGGUCAAGCCUCAAAAACUGCCAUGAAAAGAGUUGCGAAAGAACCGCAGUCUCAAUCCAAAGCUCCGCUUAGUAGUAAGCAGAAUGGCAAAACAAAAAAUGUGCACUUUGUUGCAAAGUAACCCCUAUAAAUAACAGUAUAGUGCUUUACUUAGCGGUUACUUGGUACAGGAGCUUGAACCUAUGCUUGCUUUCUGUGUAAUCUAUGUAAUACUAACAUGUUGUAACUGUUGUACAGCAGUCUAAAUCAGUCAGUGGUGUACAGCCUUCUAAAGGUCAAAACUAACAAGAGGUUGAGCAGCUAGAAUAGAGAUAAAACAGCAAUGAUUUCAAAACAUAACAGAAACUUAAAUAGAACAUAAAUAUAUACACUAUUCAUUCAAAUGUACAGUAAGUAAACAGUCAUAAUGUUUUGACAGAAGGCUCAUUAUGACCCUAGCGCUACUAGGAUUCUAAUAACAGCUUUCUGCUGCACUGCACAUCCUCAUCUCUCAGUAUACGACUAAUGUUGAAGUAGGCAUAAAAUAAGCAUCUCCUCUACUACUGAACAGCUUUCAGCAUAGGUAAUCCAUAGUGAAGUUUAACAGUUCAUUAUAUUUUAGUCGUCAAAUACAACCAUAGCCGUUACUAGUGGAGUUUGUAAUGUUGGAAUGUAUUUGUUUUCAAUGCUGUUAAUUUACUUGAUGUUGCAUUGUUAUCUUUUCUUUGGUGCCUCUUGUUUAUAUGUUCAAUUAAAGCAUCAGUGGCUGAAAAGAAGGAGGCGCAAUGAGUGGUGGUGUACUGCAGUGAUGUAAUUUGUUUCGGACGUAUUUGUGCAAUGGUUUAAAAUUUUUGGUUACAAGGGCUUUUCAUGUUUGAACAGCUUGAAUUGUAGUCUAUGAGAAUAUACUGUAUUUUGCAUAGAGCUGAGCUCUUUCUAUCAUUGAAGACAGUGUAAUGUUUGCUACGAAUGUAAAUGCAUAUUUUUCCAAAUUUUAUAUACCAUAGUUAUAUUUAUGUAAAGUGUUGUGGUUGACCUGUAUUCACCAAUGUCAUUAUUAUGUUUACAUUGUCAUGCACAAAAGAAAUGUUUAGUCAUAGAGCUGAAUGUAACCUAAUGUCUACCGUGCUGUGCCAUUGGUCACCCUGUGAUUCAAUGGAAAUUCAAUACAUCAUAGCUGUUUAUGCUGUAACAUGGUAAUG